UCACCGAGCGACGAGAGCGAGCCAUUGCGAUCAUUGACAGAUGGUCUACAGGACCCUCCCCCAGUCUUGAGCGAAAAUGAGAAGCAGAUCGACUGGACACGAUCCUUCCAUGGCCUGAGCUCGGUCCCUUUUACCCCCGAGCAGGCUGCCAUCUUGCAGGAGCCAUUGGAAUAUAACGAUGUGGAGAUCAAGCCUGACGGCAUUGUGUAUCUGCCUGAAAUCAAGUACAGGCGGAAGCUCAAUCGCGCAUUUGGGCCCGGAGGCUGGGGCCUGGCACCGCGUGGCGAGACGAUCGUGACGGCCAAAGUUGUGACGAGAGAGUAUGGACUUGUAUGUGGUGGAAGAUUGGUCUCGAUAGCACGCGGCGAACAGCAAUACUUCGACCCAGACGGCAUCCCCACCGCCACCGAAGGCUGUAAAUCCAACGCGUUGAUGCGAUGCUGCAAAGAUCUUGGCAUUGCUUCCGAGCUAUGGGAUCCACGCUUCAUCAAGAAGUUCAUGAAAGAGAUGGCUAAGGAGAUUAUUGUCGAGCACCAGGUGACGAAGAAGAGGCGGAAGCAUUACAUGAGGAAGGACGAUGAGUUGAGAUACCCAUUUAAGGAAAUU